ACUUGGUGGAUAGGAUGCGGGCGUGGAUGACUAGCAUAGUUGGAGGAGUCGUCAUCGCAUGACAAAGGUGAAAAACAGUCCACAGGACAAGGUGGAAGGGUUUUCUGCAUCUUCUGCAAGUUUUGCCGCUGUUGGAAAAUAGUAGGAAAAGUUUAAUCGCCUUUCGCCGGCUUACUGAUCACGUGACCUAGUCGGAGCCAGACUUUAGACGUUAUUCUCGCCAUUUCAGGUUGAAGACUCCCUGCUUCUGUCUCGUUUGAUUUCUCUGUCUGGGAGACAGGGUCUGCGGUGGAUAACUUUUCUCGCCUGAGGAAAUAAUUUGAGGAAGUCGUGGAUUUGGCUGUUGUGGGACCCGGGAUCACGUGACCUGUCCAACCAUCAGGCGGGCGCGGCCAUCAUCGUGGCGCAACAGAACAGGUUCAAAUCCUACACCCGCCGUGUCUGCCAGCCGAGCACCGGCCAAACACGGCCCGCAGCGCUACGACGGACUCAACCCAACACAUGAAGAGCUCACUGCUCGCUCGGUGAACACUCGACUCGUAGGAAUUUGAAGUUUUUACGUCGUUUCCGGGACGGGAAAAGUUUGAGUUGUGCGGUGAGGACGGAGUGAGGGAUAUUCAAGAUGGCGGACUACAGAGACGAACAAGAGCUGAAGUACUUAGUUGUUGAUCGGGGAUCUUUCGUCAACGACCCUGCGGCCCAAGCUGACUGGACGGCUAAAAGGCUAGUAUGGAUCCCUUCCGAGAAAGAGGGAUUCGAGGCUGCCAGCGUCAAGUCUGAGCGCGGGGAGGAGGUGACAGUUGAGCUCGAUUCGGGCAAGAAGAUCGUAGUCAACAAGGAUGACAUCCAAAAAAUGAACCCGCCAAAGUUCUCCAAAGUGGAGGACAUGGCGGACCUGACAUGUCUCAACGAAGCGUCAGUUCUCCACAACCUCAAGGAGCGAUACUAUUCUGGUCUUAUCUAUACAUACUCCGGUCUGUUCUGCGUGGUGGUUAACCCCUACAAGAAGCUGCCGAUCUACACAGACAAAGUUAUCGAGUUGUACAGGGGAAAGAAAAGACAUGAAGUUCCCCCUCAUGUUUUUGCCAUCACAGACUCUGCCUACAGGAGUAUGCUCCAAGAUCGAGAAGACCAGUCCAUCCUUUGCACGGGCGAGUCUGGCGCUGGCAAGACAGAGAACACCAAGAAGGUCAUCCAGUAUCUGGCAUACGUGGCGGCCGCACCGGCGGGGAGCAAAGGCGGCAAGUCUCAAUCCUCGUCCAACCUGCACGGUCAACAUGUAAGUUCCCCUGCCGUCCGGUGUGUCCAUGGUGUAUAUCUGACUAAGGACGCGUAUGGGGUUGGUUACAUGUUAGGAGAGCUGGAGACUCAACUGCUACAGGCCAACCCCAUUCUGGAGUCCUUUGGCAAUGCCAAAACUGUCAAAAAUGACAACUCGUCACGAUUUGGCAAGUUCAUCCGUAUCAACUUCGACAUGUCAGGGUACCUUGCUGGCGCCAGCAUCGAGACAUAUCUGCUUGAAAAGGCUCGUUGUAUCCGUCAGGCAUCCAACGAAAGAACAUUCCAUAUCUACUACCAGUUACUGAAGGGAGCCAAUGCACAGCUGAAGAAGGACUUGCUGAUUGAGGAUGCCAAGUUCUACACGUUCCUUACCAAUGGUUACGUGGCUGUCCCUGGGGUGGACGAUUCCCAGGAGUUCCAGGACACUAUCGAGGCCAUGAAGAUCAUGAACAUCCCAGAAGAAGACAGAAUCUCUAUCAUGAGGGUGGUGUCUGCUGUGCUGAUGUUCGGUAACAUUCAGUUCAAGCAGGACCGCAACACCGACCAGGCCACAUUACCAGACAACACCGUGGCCCAGAAGGUGUGCCAUCUCAUGGGCCUGCCCGUGUCCGAGUUCACCAAGGCUCUGCUCAGGCCACGUGUCAAGGUCGGCAGAGACUACGUCCAUAAGGCUCAGACCAAAGAACAGGUGGAGUUUGCCGUGGAGGCCCUGACCAAGGCCGUCUACGAGCGCAUGUUCCGCUGGCUGGUCCGGGCAAUCAACAAGUCUCUGGACCGCACACGCAGACAGGGCGCCUCCUUCAUCGGCAUCCUGGACAUCGCUGGCUUCGAGAUCUUCCAGCUGAACAGUUUUGAGCAGCUGUGUAUCAACUACACAAACGAGAAGCUGCAGCAGCUCUUCAACCACACCAUGUUUGUGCUGGAGCAGGAGGAGUACCAGCGCGAGGGCAUCGACUGGAAGUUCAUCGACUUCGGCCUGGACCUCCAGCCCACCAUCGACCUCAUCGAGAAGCCCCUGGGAGUGCUGGCCCUGCUGGAUGAAGAGUGCUGGUUCCCCAAGGCCACCGACAAGUCCUACGUGGAGAAGCUGGUCACCAACCACUCCACCAACAUGAAGUUUGCCAAGUCAGACUUCAGGGCCAACGCUGACUUCAGUGUUGUCCACUACGCUGGAAAGGUGGACUACCUUGCUGACCAGUGGCUGAUGAAGAACAUGGACCCCCUGAACGACAACUGUGUCGAGCUCCUGAAGAACUCUUCCGAUAGCUUCAUGGCCACCAUCUGGAAGGAUGUUGCCUUAAGUACACCUCGCUCCUCUUUUUUCAUGGACAAUCCUUUUGUACAAGGCAACACCAAGAAAAUUAAAAAAGGGUCCAAACACGGAGGUGAUGCAUUUGUGGAAAGUGUGUCUGUCUAUUUUCCAUCUGUUGGUCUCACCGCAAGAAGAUUCGGUGUCCCUCUCAACCAAGCCACCGGCAUCAUCAGCAUGAGUGAGGCCCAGGCCGCGGACACAGCCUUCGGACAGUCGCGUAUCCGUAAGGGUAUGUUCCGUACGGUGGGUCAGCUGUACAAGGAGCAGCUGGCCAAGCUGAUGGAGGUGCUGCGGAACACCAACCCCAACUUCGUCAGGUGUAUCAUUCCCAACUAUGAGAAGAAGGCUGGAAAGAUCGAGUCCCACCUUGUUCUGGACCAGCUCCGCUGCAAUGGUGUGCUGGAAGGCAUCAGGAUAUGUCGCCAAGGCUUCCCUAACAGAAUCGUGUUCCAGGAGUUCAAACAGAGGUACGAGAUCCUGACUCCAAAUGUCAUCAACAAGGGCUUCAUGGAUGCAAAGAAAGCUUGCCAAAAGAUGUCUAAGUCGUCAAACGUGGACAAGGAAUUCAUGGAUGCCAAGACGGCCUGUCGAAUGAUGAUUGAGGCCUUGGAACUGGACCACAACCUGUACAGGAUCGGCCAGAGCAAGAUCUUCUUCCGUGCAGGCGUGCUGGCCCAUCUGGAGGAGGAGCGAGACAUCAAGCUCACCGACAUCAUCAUCCAGUUCCAGGCCGCCUGCCGCGGUCUCAUCGCCAGGAGAAACUACUACAGGCGUACGCAGCAGCAGAGUGCCAUCAGGAUCAUCCAGCGCAACUGUGCCGCGUAUCUCAAGCUGCGCAACUGGCAAUGGUGGAGGCUCUUCACUAAGGUGAAGCCCCUGCUGCAGGUGACCCGUCAGGAGGAUGAGCUGGUGCAGAAGGAGUCGGAGCUGCUGAAGGUGAAGGAUGUGCUCACCAAGAAGGAGAUGGACAUGCAGGAGAUGGAGAGGAAGCAGAGCCAGCUCCUUGAGGAGAAGAGCAUCCUUGCGGAGCAGCUUCAGGCUGAGACGGAGCUGUGUCAGGAGGCGGAGGAGAUGAGAGCCCGCCUGUCCGCCAAGAAGCAGGAGCUGGAGGAGAUCCUGCAUGACCUGGAGUCUCGCAUCGAGGAGGAGGAGGAGCGCAACACCGGCCUGCUGCAGGAGAAGAAGAAGAUGCAGCUCAACAUCCAGGACCUGGAGGAACAACUGGAGGAGGAAGAAGCCGCUCGGCAGAAGCUGCAGCUGGAGAAAGUGUCUGCUGACUCCAAGAUCAAGAAGCUGGAGGAAGACAUGGCACUUGUGGAUGACAGCAACCAGAAGCUGGCCAAGGAGAAGAAGAGCCUUGAGGAACGCAUGGCAGAACUGUCCCAGGCCCUUGCCGAGGAGGAGGACAAAGCCAAGCAACUGCACAAGAUCAAGAACAAGCAGGAGGCCAUGAGCAAGGAUGUGGAGGACAGGCUGCAGAGGGAGGAGAAGAACCGUGUGGAGUUAGAGAAGCAGCGCAGAAAGCUGGAGAUGGAAUAUGGUGACACCAAAGAGCAGCUGGCUGAGACCAAGCAGAACCUGGAAGAACUGGUGGUGCAGAUAGGCAAGAGGGAAGAGGAACUGGCAAGUGCACUCCGCAAGAUUGACGAUGAGACCCUGCAGAAGUCGUCUGCCCAGAAGGCCCUGCGUGAGCUGGAGAGCCAGGUGUCGGAGCUUCAGGAGGACCUGGAAGCCGAGAAGGCUUCUCGGACCAAGGCUGAGAAACAGAAGAGGGACCUCAGCGAGGAGUUGGAGGCUCUCAAGACAGAACUAGAAGACUCUUAUGACACCACAGCUGCACAGCAGGAGCUGAGGAGCAAACGUGAGUCAGAACUGAACUCCGUGAAGCAGGCCCUGCAGGAUGAGCAGAUGUUACGUGAGCAGCAGAUCCUGGAGCUCAGGCAGAAGCACCAGCAGCAGGCAGAGGAACUCAACGACCAGCUGGACGCCAUGAAGAGGGCCAAGACUGCCCUGGAGAAGACCAAGAACUCCCUGGAAGCGGAGAACACAGACAUGACAGACGAGCUGAAGUCCCUGCAGGCUCAGAAGCAGGAGUCGGAGCGAAGACGACGCGCCCUGGAGCUGCAGCUGCAGGAGACCAACGAGCGCAUCCGCGACCUCGAAUCCAGCAAAGGCGAGUCCCAGGAGACGGUCACCAAGGUGCAGGCGGAGCUGGAGUCUGCCAGCAUGCAGCUGGAGGACCUGGAGUCCCGCGCCUCGUCCCUCACCAAGGCCAACAACGCCCUGCAGACCCAGCUGGCGGACGUGCAGGAGUCCCUGCAGGAGGAGACCCGGCAGAAGCUCAGCCUCAACACCAAGAUCCGCUCGCUGGAGGAGGAGAGGGACAACCUGACAGAGCAGCUGGAGGAGGAGGAGGAGGCCAAGAAGGCCAUGGAGAAACAGUGCAGCUCACUGCAGGCUCAGUUGUCUGAUGCCAAGAGGAAGGCUGAGGAGGACAGCAUGGCCCUGGAGCAGAUGGAGGAGCAGAAGAAGCAUACCUCCAGAGAGAUGGAGGCCCUGCAGCAGAGGCUGGAGGAACUGCAGGCACAGGUGGACAAGCUUGAGAAGACCCGUAAGCGGCUGCAGGGUGAAGUGGACGAUGGCAACGCCCAGCUGGACCAGCAGCGGUCACACAUCUCUACCCUGGAGAAGAAGCAGAAGAAGUUUGACCAGCUGUUGAAUGAAGAGAAGAUGAACGGAGCUAAGCUGAUGGAACAGAGGGACCAAGCGGAGAGGGAGGCGCGAGAGAAGGAGAGCCGUUACCUGUCGCUGCAGCGGGAGCUGGAGGAGGUUCGCGACCAGCUGUCGGAGUCGGAGCGCGUCCGCAAGCAGCAGGGGGCCGAACUGGACGAGCUCAUGAGCUCCAAGGAUGAUGUCGGGAAGAACGUGCAUGAGCUGGAGAAGUCAAAGCGUGCCCUGGAGCAGCAGGCGGAGGAACAGCGGACUCAGAUCGAGGAGCUGGAGGACGAGCUGCAGGCCACCGAGGACGCCAAGCUGCGCCUGGAGGUCAACAUGCAGGCACUCAAGCAGAAGUACGACAGAGAGCUACAGAACCGUGAAGAGAAUGACGAGGAGAAGCGUCGCGGCCUGGUCCGGCAGCUGAGGGAGAUGGAGGCUGAGUUGGAGGACGAGCGCAAGCAGCGGUCCAACGCUGUCUCCGCCAAGAAGAAGCUGGAGAACGACCUGAAGGACACCGAGAGCCAACUGGAGCAAGCCAACAAGGUGAAGGAGGACAGCAUCAAGCAGCUGAAGAAGUUCCAGGCACAGAUGAGGGACUUCCAGACGGACCUUGAUGAGGCGCGGCAGGCGCGGGACGAGAUGGCCCAGCAGGCCAAGGAUAACGAGAAGCGCGUGAAGUCCCUGGAGGCUGAGAUCAUCCAGCUGCAGGAGGACCUGUCGGCCGCCGAGAGGAGCAAGAAGACCAUCGCCACCGAGAGGGACGAGCUGGCCGAGGAGGUCAACUCCAACUCUGCCAGCAAGCAAGCCCUACAGGAGGACAAGCGACGCCUGGAGGCCCGACUGGCCCAGCUGGAGGAGGAAGUUGAGGAGGAGCAGAGUAACAAUGAGAUUCUGAUGGACAAGGUGCGCAAGAACGGUGUGCAGAUGGAGCAGCUCACCACCGAGCUGGCUGCCGAGAGGUCCAACAACCAGAAGCUGCUCAACCAACAGUCCAUGCUGGAUAGACAGAACAAGGAGCUUCGCCUGAAGCUGCAAGAACUGGAGGCCACAGUCAAGACCCGCAGCAAGGCCAUGAUCGCUUCUCUGGAGAACAAGAUCGCCCAGCUGGAGGAGCAACUGGAGACAGAGACAAGGGAGAAGAUGUCCGCUCAAAAGUCGUCGCGUAAGGGAGAUAAGAAGCUUAAGGAAGUGCUGCUGCAGAAUGAGGAGGAGCGGCGACAUGCCGAUCAGUACAAGGACCAGGUUGAGAAAAUGAACGCCAGGUUAAAGACGCUGAAGCGACAACUUGACGAGGCCGAGGAGGAGUCGACCAGGAUCAACGCCCACAAGCGCAAGCUGCAGCGCGAGCUGGACGACAUGCAGGAGUCCAACGACGGCCUGACGCGAGAGGUCAACGCCCUGAAGAACAAACUGAGCAAAAGCCAGAAGAAAGGCCGAUCCAGGAACCGGGGCGCAACCAACCUUCUAACCAGCCGCUCGUCGCGAUCUCGCGCUAACAACGUGGACAGCGGUGCCUCCUCCAAUGAACUGGACAUGACACAGCAGUCCACUGCUUCCGACGGCGUAGAUGGGGAGGAUGAUUGAGCGAUCACAUGACCUGGGCUCUGUCCCAGGACUGUAGUGGUCUCCAUCCCGGGGUGGCUUGGGCCAUCCUCGCUUCAUCAUUAAUAAUUUGCUAGACUGCCCCCCAUUCUCUAUGAGGAUAGGUAUAGUUAGGUGAAAGGACUAAAAAAAGCUUUUCUACUAUUCAUUAUCACUAUACGUGAAGAGCAAAAUCAUUUUGUAAUGGAGAGACGAUAAUUAGGAGGGUGUAUAAAACAUUUUCCAAGGGGCAGGUAGAGUUUGCAGCAUAGCCUGUCUUUUAUAGGGGGCGUGACGCUCUGAGAAUUUGACAGCAACCUAUAGCAACAUUAAUAAACAGGUAGUGACAACAUUUUAAAGCUAUGCUAACCGCUUUCCACCCUUGUUUUUCUCACUCAUUUGUAUUAUUUUCACUUUAGAGAAAUCUCUUCAUGGCUCCCAUCUGUUCUCUCCACGCCUUGCUCUGACCUACUUUCAAAGAUAAUCUAUAUAUAUGAAGAAAAUAAAAUAUCUAAUUGUAUGUCAUUCCUCUUCUAGUACUGAGACUGAUUGAAUCUUCAGAAGGUCUAUUUUUAUUAAGUAAUUUGCCCUUAGAGAGAUGAAGUUCUUUGGACUGCUUAGUAGCAGGUAAUGCAUUAUGCUUUUCGAUGUAGUACCAUGGGGGGCCGGUAGAGGUCCCCAUUAUACAGCUGUAAGUAGAUGUUGAACUGUACUGCGACUGGUGUGGCUAAGUCUGGGGACUUUUAGGCACCGUACAUUACGUGACUUGCUGAGAAAAGCAUGGGCUUCUGGCACUGGAGGCGAAACCCAGCUGAUGUACUUAGUAUUUGUGCUCGUGGCUGGAGGAAGGAAGAAUGUCAAUUGAUUUGGUUGGAAGAAGUAUACUUACAACAUACAAUCAACAGCCUCUGUAUCCUUUGUGUACCUCUCUCCGUACUGCCAUCAGACAACAAAACAAACCAAUGAAAAAUGAUGUGGGUGCCUCAAAGUUUGAAUAGUAGCCUUACCCAUUCUCCCUAGAGAUGUUGCUUUGGUAAUGAUGGUUACUUUGCCUUUAUUUGGUUGUUCAAAAAUCACAACUUUGGAGGGUGAGAGAAAUGUAAUACGAGUUUAGGAUAUAUAUCUUCUUUUUUUUUUUGGACAUUAUCAUGUAUUGAAAUGAUUUCUCUAGUAUGCUGGAAAUGUCUGCGUGACUUGCUUUUGUAACGCCUAGCAUGAAUAAUGAUAGUAAUGUGUACUGUAUGUGCGAAUGAUCGUAAAAUGGACGGCAUGAUGCCUGGCAAAUGACGUGUCAUAGCAAGGUGACUGGCGCAAGCCCGUCACGUGUUCUUUUGUCUGGAACGAGGAAGUGUUGUUGGGAUCGGACAUUUUCUAUCAUUGCAUUAUGAUGAAAUAAAACCAAGCCUGAUACUGGA